AUGGAGAUAUCAAAGCAGUUGAAAAGAGGAAAUUUAUGUAGUAUCCGAGUUCACACUAUGCAAGAAGGUGAUGUUGUGUGGCAAUUUGAAACAAGUGAUAUCCUGAAAUUCAUAUACAAAGAGAAAGAAAUCCGGAUUUAUGACUUAAUUAAAUUUUGUACUGGGGAAACUUUGGAUAGUAUUGAGUUUAAAGAAGCUGAUAAAAGUGGAACAGAAAGUACAGUAGAUAUAUAUUCAAAUAAAUUUAACAACUUAGCAGAGCAGCUUGGUAGGGUACUUGAUGAAAUUGGAAGUGUUGAGUUUUAUUCGGAAUUUCACAAGAAAUUAAGUACUGAGGUUGCAGACAAAGUGAGUGAUGAAAAUGUGAUUACUAGGAUUUCUAUUCCAUGCUUAACCCUUGUUAACUUAUUUCUGAAAUUUAAAGAUAUUUAUACUCAUGAAGAAUUUAUGGAAAAAGUAUAUAGAGUUUUGGGAAUGCACUUAAGAUAUAUCUUACCUAAUGUAUUUUCAGAGAAUAUAAAGAUAGGAAAGCCAAUGCUGGAUGGGUAUUUGAACAUAUAUAUUAAUUCAAUAGAGAACUUGAUAGAAAUUAUAAAAACAUUUAGAAUUUCAGAACUGAAUGCAAUUCAACUAUUAUCUUUUUUACCAUAUAUAUUUGUACUACCAGAUAUACAUCCAAAGUUGAUGUUAGUUACAAUUGAAUGCAUAGUGCAGCUAUUUUUCUCUCAUUUAUAUAUAUCUGAUAAAUUUAUGGAAGGCUCAUUAGCCUCAAUUUUUGGUAUUCUUGACAAUAUAACAACUACAAAUAAAUCUAUAAAAAAAUCUAAGGUUAUGGUUGAUUCUCAGAUCUUAGUACAUGGGUAUACAUUUCUUAUACUACGAUUAAUUCAUGGAGUUUCUUGCCCAAAUGACAUUUGGAAUGGAAAAUUUGGACUUAGUGCACUAGAUAUGGCUAAAAAGCACUAUGAACUAGUAAAAAAAAUAUGUUCUCAAUUUGCUGGUUACUAUAUCAACAAGCUAGUAAUAACAAAAUCUAAGCAAAGAGAUGGCUACAAUAAUCAUAAUGGAGAUAUUGCAUCUAUGCUACUUGUUGACUUGGUAAAGUCUUCAACUUCACCUAAAUUUUGUUUAUCUAAAUUAUUAAUUCAAAUAAUAAUUAUUCAACUAAUAAAAAUAUCAAAUAGUGCUUUAACAUCGAAUACUUUAGUAGGGUCACUUGCUCAGUUAGUUGAUACAUCUUCUAGAGAAUUAAGUAUAACUUUAAUUGGUUUAUCAUUACCUAUUGUGCAAAGUGUAUGUAAUAUUAGUAAGAAUAUAGUAUUGGGGGCUAAAGUUGACAAUAUCUCAUUAGAAAAUGAAAAGGUAAAAGUGAACAGUGAAGAUAUUGGUUGCUAUUGCUUAAAUAAUGAAGGGAUUUCUCAAGCAGCAAUGCUUGAUUGCGAUAAAUGCCACCGUUGGUUUCACAUGAAAUGUGUUAGUGUUGAGCCAAGUAAUGUUCCUGAAAUAUGGAACUGUGAUGAUUGCAUUUUGGAACAAGUUAAAGUCGAAGUUUGCCACGGAAUUAAAUCAGAGGAGCUUAAGUUAGAUAUUGGGGAUAUACUAAACAUUUCGGCCAUUUCAAUUUUUCAUUAUCUGACAAUUACGAAUUUUAAUAUGAUAGGAAUGACAAGAGAUAUAAUUGAAAAUUCAACAAUUUUUGAUUUAAAUUCCUCAAUUAGAAGUUCUUUCAUCUUAGAGAUAUUAAUGAGACUCAAUGCGCAAUCAAAUGAUGAAAAUAAAAAGAAAGAGAUCUUCAGGCAUAAAAAGUUGGGUAAACACGACAAAAAUAUAAUAAAGAAGCAUGGAAAUAAUAAAAUUUCAUUGAAAUCAGGUAGUAGUGUUUUGGAAUAUCAAGAUUUACAUUCUUUAUUUUUAAAUGAAUGGUUAUCGCCUAUUACAAGUAAUAUUACAUCUUUAACAGCUUAUUCUUCAAAAUUACCAAAAAUUAUGCAAUCAACAAUAAAUAGGUUGUGGUGUAAAAUAAUAUCUUCAACAUUUACUGUGUUAGUUGAAUUGAUGUUAAAUUGCAUAUUAGUAAACAUUCAUAAUUCACCAAGUAUGUCACAACGGCGUACAGCAGUUAAUGCUUUGGGAAAUCUCUUGGUUACUCAUCCAAUAUUGGCAUUUACAAAUGAUUCAAUAUCUAAUGCCUUAUUAAAUGCAUUACAGGAUAAGGCACCGAAAGUGAGGGAAAGAUCACUUGUACUAAUAGAAAAACUAAUCCUAGAUAAUAAUUGUGAUUUGAACUUAGAAAUUAAUAGUAAAGAGUCAUCUUCAAUGAAAAUUCCUCAAUAUAUGUAUGAAAGUAUUUGCAGAAUGUCAUAUGAUAUAUCUCCACUGGUAAGGAUUGCUGCAGUGCGCAUCUUGCGUCAAUUGUAUGAAAAAAGGAAUUUUGAUCUUUCAAUAGGGGCUUUGUUACUAAGAAGGUUAACAUCCCCUGAAGAGACUCAGACAAUACGACGUUAUGUAAUGGAUGUAUUCACUUCACUUUGGUUUAGCAAAUCAAAAGUUUGCAACAAGAUAAGUUGUACAAACUUCGUAAAUAUUUUGAAGAUUUCACAAGGCAGGAAUUUUCAGCAACUUCAAGGUUCUUCAAACUGGUUACUACAUCAAUUGAUUGGUGCGAUGCGAACAAGUAUGUCUAGCUCUGAGAUAGAAGAAUCUGUCACAAGAUGGGUUCCAUUACUAUUGGAUAUGUUUUUAGAGGGAUUUGAGCAUGCAAAUAAUGAAACAGAAGUAAGUGAAGCAAAUGAAAGUGGUUUAAUUACAGAAAGCAAUGAUUUACUCUUUUCAAAUUUUCAAAUAAACUGCUUGAAAGCAUUAGAGACACUGGGGGAAAUAUUUCCCCAUUCAACAACUGUAGUAUUCCCUCACAUUAUCAUUUACAUGAGAGACAUUAAUAGUGGUUCAUCAGAUGCUCUAAUACAUAUAUGUAACAUACUAUCGUAUAUAAUUCCUUUGGAUAUAAACUAUGAUAUUAGCUCACUCGUAAUAGAUUUUAUAAAUAUAAUCAACAAUGCCAGAUCACCUCAAUUAAUAAAAUCAGCUAUUUGCUGUCUUUGUAAAAUAAUACAAAAGCCAGAUAUUGACAAAACUCAUUUCCACUUGUUAAUAAUUGACAAAAUUAAUACAAUAUGGGAUUACAAUAACAAGCAAGAUUUGAAUUUAUUUGAUAAGAAAACAAUAGACAUUAUUAGGCGUAAUUGCUGGAUAAUAGGGUGUAUUUACGAGUUUAGUAGCCCAGAAUUGCCUUUGUCUCUUAAAAAUGGGAGAAUAAUUGAGACAAACUAUUGUAAAACCGAAUUUGGCAUUUCGUUUGUAACUAGCAAUUCUAACCAGCAACUUAUGAAUUUUAAAGAGAGUGAUAAAGAAUCAGAUGAAAACAUUGAAAGCGAUUACAGUGAUUGUAUAGAAUCAAGUAAUUUAGUAUUCGAUUUGAUAUGCUCACUUUACUACAAAAUUGACUGGAAACUGGGCAAAAGUGUUAUUUUACCUACAAUAACCGAAUUUUUGGUCAAACAAAAACAAUUUAUCAAAACAAUAAAAUUUAGCAAGCUUAUCCAAUGUGCUAUUCGAAUUUGUGAUUGCACAGAUAAUCCAACUUCUAGUAACUCAGACUUAUGCAUUGCUUGUUUACAAUGUAUAUUUUCACUAUUGAAUGCAUACGAAACUGAGGCACUGAAACCAGUGGAAGAUGAAGAUAUAAUAUCAGACAACUAUAAUGCUAGCUAUUCAUGUUCUGAAGACAAAUUGAAUACAAUCUUUUCUGAAACAGCGAAUGAUAAUGAAGAAUCAGAUAUAUUCCAUACACCUGUUAGAAAAAAAUCUGCAAAGGUCUCUGAAUUUGAAACUGAUAGUAACUCUCCAAUAUCAUCUAGGACAAGCUUUGAUUAUUUUUCAUCAUUAAAAGCUUCUAAAUAUGGUUCUUCACAAUACUUUAAUAGAUUGGCAUCUGUAUCAGCUGCACAGCCAUUGGCUGCACAUUUAGAUCUACUAUUGGACCUUAUUAGAUUACUAAAUGAAUGCUCAAAUGAAAAGUUUACUCAACAUCAAAAACAAAUGGUCGCCAUUUUAGUAAUUUGUAUUCUUGAACAAUUUAAUAGACAAGGUUUGGUAAAUCCAACUUCAAUUAUUGCACCAGUAUCUGGAAUGCUUUUCUCACUAAACAAGGAUCUAAGCGUCAGAGCAUACCAAAUAACUUCUAAUCUAUUUGAUAAAUUUCCGAACCUUGUUAUAAACAAAUUUAAAGAUAUCACAGUAUAUGGUUUUAAUUUUAUUAUGGGGAAUUUUCCAACUUUUCUCGGCAAUUUUGAAAGUAAUGGAGAAACAAGAAGAAUAUUUGAUAAUGAUUUACAGAACAAUGAAUGUUGUGGAAUAUCAAUACCUAUAUUUUGUAGUAAUAUCAUGGAGUUAUAUAAUCGUCUUUAUGUUGAGAAGUGUAGAAAUAAGAAAUCACUCCGUGAAACUAUAAUAAAAGGGCUCUGUAAACAAUUGGAACUACUAAUAAACAGCGAGAGCAUUGAUAAUUUAUUGAAUAAACUAUUUUCCAAACAUAAAAUAGACAACUAUGGAGUCAUAUUACUUUAUGUAGAGUUUGUCUCUUAUCUAAUAAUGAGUACUCCAUUUGUAUAUGAAUCAGAAGUACUCCUACUUAUUUACACUAUGGGAGAAAUGUGCAUAUUAUGUUCUCAAUUUUUGGAAGACUACAAUGAAAAGAUGAAUGAAUACUGUCAGUCAAAAUCAUUUACAUUAUAUACUUGUACACUAUUAGUAACUAUUUGCACUUGUAUGCAAAAGGUACUUAAAACAGAAUACAAGAUAAAUGACCAAAACUUAUCUUGCUUUAACCCAAAUACUUGUAUUGUAAAGGAAAAACCUAAAUAUGCUCAUCUUGAUAUUGAUACAGGGGAAUCUUCAUCCAUAAAUAUAGCUGGAGUUACUCUAACUCGUUCUACAGUUUACAAUAGUUUGAACUGUUUCCGUAAAAAGGGUUCGAGUAUUUACACAUUCCGAGAUGAACCAGCUAGAUUAAGAAGUUUCAUGAAUGAAACUUUGUAUUCACAAACUGAAGUCAUAUCUGAAAAAGAAAUAAAGCUAUAUAGAAGAAAAAAUAGAAAACGCCCAAGUAAUAAAAAAGGAAUAGAUUCUGAUGACUCUUCUCAGAGCUGGAGCCCAACAAAAAUAUCUAAAAAUCGCUAG